AUGACGGACCCAGACCCAAAGAGCUCGGAGAUCGAGCAAAGAGAGUACACGUCUUCUGACAACGAUAUCCUGAAGCCCGUCAGCCGCGCCCCGCAGUAUGUGCGGGAUUUGUCGCCCGAGGAGCGACGACGUGCCGAGAAGAAGCUCGUCCGCAAGGUCGACCUGCGGCUCAUGAUCGUGACCUUUGUCAUGUACGUGAUGAAUUAUCUAGAUCGGAAUAAUUUCGCCGCGGCGAGAUUGGCAGGUCUAGAGAAGGAUUUGAAUCUGAAGGGGAAUCAGUUUCAAGUGACCGUGAGUAUAUUGUUUAUUGGGUGUUUGUUGAUGCAGGUGCCUUCGAACAUGAUCCUCAAUAAGGUGGGAAGACCGUCGAUCUAUCUGCCCUGUUGUAUGGUAGUCUGGGGCACCAUCUCCACUGCGACAGCAGCCACGCAUAACUACGCCGGUCUUCUGUCCUGUCGCUUCUUUCUUGGAUUUGUCGAAGCGGCUUAUUAUGUGAGUUAUGUCUGCUUUUCUAUGGAGUUUAAGCUGAACGACCUCCCUAUGAUUCAGCCAGGCUGCCUCUACCUCCUGUCUGGAUGGUAUACACGCAACGAGCUGGUCAAGAGGACCGCCCUGUUGUAUUCUGGAUCGGUGAUCUCCGGUGCAUUUUCCGGCUUGAUUGCAGGUGGCAUCACUGGGAAUAUGAAUGGCGUCCGAGGGCUGUCUGCCUGGAGAUGGCUCUACAUUAUAGAAGGAGUAACCACAAUCUUCAUCGCCAUUCUAGCGUUCUUCAUCAUCCCAGAUCUGCCUCGGACCACCCGAUGGCUCAGCAAGGAAGAGCGACAGCUCGCCGCAUGGCGUCUUGAAGAAGAUAUCGGCGAAGACGAUUGGGUUGACAGUCAAGACCAGUCGAUGUUUCAUGGAGCGAAGCUUGCUUUCCUUGACUAUAAACUGUGGCUUCUCCUUGCUACAAUUUACGGCUCAACCUCCUCCGGGACUGUUACGAAUUUCUUCCCGACGGUAAUGAAAGGCCUCGGAAAAGGAAAUGUCGAGACUCUCCUCUUGACAACCCCACCCUAUCUCAUCGGCGCCGUAAUCAUGCUGGCGAAUGCCUGGCAUGCCGAUAAGACGGGCGAGCGGUAUUUUCAUAUCGUCAUCUCGCCUGUUAUUGCGCUGGUGUCGUUUAUCCUCGCAGUGGCAACUACGUCGUUUGCGGCGAGAUAUGUAGCUAUGUGUCUUAUGGUUGGAGGUAUCUACGCCGGUUAUGUCGUGGCUUUGGGAUACAUUUCUAAUGUCCUUCCUCGUCCCGCCUCAAAACGUGCUGCGGCUCUCGCUUUAAUCAACUGCCUGAGCAACGUCUGCCAGGUUUACGCUCCUUAUCUGUAUCCCGACGAAGACAACCCUCGCUACCUGAAAGCUUUCGUCCACAACAUGGCCAUGUCCGUCAUGACCAUUCUUUUCGGGACCAUCCUUCGGAUCGCGCUUGUGAGGCUGAACAAACGGCUGGAUCAGGAAGAGGGCGUGGAUAUUCUGGAACGGCAGGGCCAAGACGGGAACGAGAGGCCAGUGCAGAUACGGCGGAUAGCAGCGGCCAUAUUGAAAAAACGCGAUUUGUUACUAAAAUUAGCAACACUCUAUAGUGGAUCUGUCGACAAAAUAAGAAAUCAUUAA